AUGUCAAACAUUGACCAGUCAACUCCCCGUUUCGAGGACUACUUGUUUGAGCCUAACAACUUCGAUGCCGAGAUGGUCGACCCAGCUAUCUCUGAUGUGGACCUGAAGGCGAUUGCAGAUGACGUCCUCACGGUAGAAGGGUCUGAUUCCAGCGACAUGCCGAUAGACCUCGCCAGUUGUCCUCCACGCUCGCCUCCAAAGCUCGAUAAGAGCAGCAUCGAGUUUAUCCGGCUCGAGGCUCCGGUUCGAUCCAACUACAUGUACCCGUCUCCUGUCAAGCUAUUUGUUGGAUGGCCCCCCCUUGAACACCAGAUUCAUACACACCCCGGGUACGGAGACUACGCGACUACUCCGGACGAAGAGGACUUCCGUUGUCCGCCACCUGCCCCUGCUCCUACUUCUGCAUCCAGUUACUCGGGCAGCGACGCAGCGAUCCAGCUGACCACCCCGUCUCCUUCGUUAUUCAGACGUAACAACUACGACAGUGACUUUCUGAGCACCGACACCACGCAAGACAGACUAUUUCUCACCAGAUCCCCGACCUCGCGUGAACUCAGCCCUACGCCAGGCGCCCGCGGUCACGAAACCUUUAUCGAAGCAGCUUCCGCCAUCCUCGACCUGCCUAUCUCUUGGCGCGGAAACGGAACUCUUCGCGAGUUUCUAGAGGAAGAAGACGAAGAGGGCUAUGUUUCGGACGAAGACGAAAUGGAAGAAAUCGACUACACCACCGACCAGUUCACCGCAAAGAUGCGUCAGCCAGACUUCCACCGUGCCGAUUAUCAGGCUUUCCCCGACCUAGGGGGCCCAAAGGUCUCGCUUGACGAUGCAUCAAUUAGCGAUAAUUCUAAGCUUGGCGCCAUUCAGAAGCCCACACGAGACGACGAUGCAACUAUCAAAAUGCCUCCUACAGCUACUCCUAGUAAGAAGGACGCCAUGGCUAAUGUCAUCAAAGCAAUCGGACCUUUUUCUCUCGCUUCGACUGAGGCUGAGCCAUCCGACAAUUAG